CCAAGUCAGUCACACACGUGAUGCCAUCUUUGACUUUGAAUUGAAUACUAAAAGUAUAGAUAAGAAGAAGCAAAAGCAAUGACUUCUUUCUUUGACAAUUCCACACAACGACUCCAAAUACAAAACGCGUAGGUCCAACACUCAUUAUAAAUAUCUUCCAUUUUCUUUUACAAUUACACUUAUCAUUAUCGUUCAUAGCAGCUUUGAAGUUUGAAGAUAUGGCAAACAACUUGGGACCUUUUUCUAUCAUUUCAUCUCUUCUCUUCCUCUCUUUGAUCAUCGGAACAAGUUUAGCCGCUCGUAAUCUAAAUGACAAUGUGUUAGAAUGGGUAAAGAAGGACCAUCGUCAUUUUCUUCGUGCAGUUAUUCACGUAUCAGAUCUCGACCGUUCUAUUCGGUUUUACACUAAAGGCUUUGGAAUGAAAGUCUUGAAAAGAAGGAACUUCCCAGAUCGUCAAUAUAGAGAUGCCCUCGUUGGGUUUGGACCUGAAAACACUCACUUUUUGUUAGAAUUAAGACAAAGACAUGAUUCCAAUAAUGUAUUUAUUGGGACAGAGUUUGGACACUUUGGGAUUGCCACUCAAGAUGUCUAUAAAUCUGUGGAGAAAGCUAGAGCUAAUGGUGCAUUGGUGAUCCAAAAACCCCAAAAAAUUAACCAAACCAUGUUUGCCUUUGUGCAAGAUCAUGAUGGUUAUAAGUUUAAGCUCAUUCAAAGCAAAUGUUUAGCUGAUCCUCUUGUUCAAGUUAUGUUUCAUGUACAAGAUUUGAAUCGUUCCAUUAACUUCUAUACAAAGGCAUUGGGCAUGAAGUUGUUUGAAAAGAAAAACAAUUCAACAGGACAGAUUGUUUCAGGGACUUUGGGUUAUGGAAUAAACCAAAGUAAAACAACAGUAUUGCAAUUGGAAAAGAGGAAAAACAUCCCUCGUGAUGAUGGACGAGAUGGUUAUUCAAUGGUGUAUAUUGGUACUGACAAUGUAAACAAGAGUGCUGAUGCAGCUAAGCUGGUAAUGAAAGAGCUUGGCGGUAGCGUAAUCAUCGAGCCUAUUCUACUGUCCAAUAUCAAUGUCAAAUUAACUGGCUUUUUUGACCCCGAUAAUUGGAUAACGAUUAUGGUUGACAACAAAGAUUAUAGAAAGGGAAGGCUUUGAAGAAAAACAAGAAUGUAGAGGACGACUAUUGCAUUUCUUGAAAAUUCCCUUAUACUUCAACAUGUCUUAUUAUAUUAUAAUAUUAUAGUGUUGUGUUAUUAUAUUAUUAUAGAUUUUUGUAUCAAUUGUAUUGGUUAAUGAAUGUGGAAUAAUAAUAUCUCCUUUUGAGUGAAUAAUAUGCAUUAAUCAAAGUUGUUGUUGAGUUAUUUUUUAAA